AUGGUCACCUCUAAAGAGAUGGACAAGAGGACAGAAUAUUCAACUGUGCCUCUGGCUAAUGAGGGAGAGGUGAAGCGAAUGCAGGGACGCAUUCAAGAGAUUAUCAUUGCGUUCUUUGUCAUGACCUUACCAAUGAUAAUUUUCUCCAGCAUUCUGGUCGCUUUAGUCUUCCAUUAUCGCAUCAUACAAAACGACUUUACAUCAAGCGAUUUGGCAUUUGACUCCAAUCAGAAUGAUCCAAGCGUCUAUUUUGUCCGAAUAAGUGCAACCACACUCACUACUGUUGCCUCGUGGUCUAGCACUGUCGCUCCAAUAUUGGUUGGCUUCGGUGUCGCUUUGGUGUCCUACCCUGUCGCGAAGGGUCUCUUAACGGCCUCGGAAAAGCAUGAUGUGACACGGCUACCAACACCUUUUCAGCUCUCAUUGAUUGUCCGUAUGAUUUCGAGCGGCUCAUUUUCUGCCCUUUGGACCUGGUUUAUGUAUUCUUUUGGCUGGAGAGGAAAGCGCGAGCGCCAGGGGAGAGCGUUAAAGAGUGUGACGACCGUAUUGACUCUUGGCAUUAUCUUAAGCACUCUUGUUCUAGUCACCGACACCUGGUUGCAUUUCACCACCAAAGCUGUCAACUUCAUCCAAGUGAAUACAAACUCUGAAGCUUCGGGUCUUGGAUUUGGCCAGUACCAGAAUUGCACGAACGUAGACAGCACUCUCAUUAGCUGCAACCUCAACAACCCUGUCUCAGGCGAUGUCUUACUUCAUCCCGACCCGAUGAAAGUUCUCUCCAAUAUCUCAGCUACAAUGACCGUACCAAUUUAUUCGGCAGGGAACCAUCAGUACGCAUACCUCGCAAGCCCGGAAGUAUCUAAUCUCCCGCUUCUCGACUACACCGCUUCAACAUAUGCGAUACACUCACAAUGCUCUCCUGUUACCUCCCAGUGCGCGAGUAGCGAUGAUGUCUACGGAGUCGGCACACGAUACAACUGCCCAUUUGCAUUCCAAGGCACAGUCAACACGGCCGUUGGUGCUUCCAACUCCGUCACCAUGGCCUACUUCACAGACUCAACUCGCUCGGACAAUGACACGGAUACAACCUUGAUUGGCAACCCCUAUCAUUACUCGGCCGUGAUUCUAGCGAACAUGCGCAAUGCACGCCCGAUCGCCCUACAGAACGAACCGGAGGUCUUGUUCGGUGGACACGGCGGUGCUACCAUCGUAGUAUUGACAUGCACAUCCACCGUCUAUGACAUCGUAUACUCUUCCAUCAAUGGCACCAUCAAAAACUGGAAGAUGAGCAACUCUAACCGCUCUACGGCGCUUAUCGUCCAAGGCACACAGCGCCACACCGACGUCGGAGACCCGAAUCUCAUUCAGGCUGUUAGCAUUGCAGGGCUUGGCAGCUCCGCACAAGAUAUGGCAGAUCAGUUUGCACUAGCAUAUAGUCAAACCGCUUUGGCAGUUGCAUCAGGCGCGUUUGAGCCACGCGCGGCUUUAGCUUCCCAAGUACGAGAACGUAUCCUUGUUGCGCGUGUUCCCAAAGCGCCACUGUUUGCCCUCAUUGCCGCUAAUCUGCUGUUUGUGGUGCUGGGUAUCUUACUUGCUAUUAUAGCUCUGAUAGCUGUUCGGGGGAAUACGGGAGAGGCACAGGCGCGCCUGACCAUUCCUGCGUUGGUAGCGUCGUUGUUCGAAGUAAACAUGGCAAGGCCGGUGACUGAGGUAGAGAAUAUGUUUGAGGAGAGACAUGGUGAGCAAGGGCCGCGAAUUGGGUUUGCAAAGGCGGAGGAAGGGGGUUGGGUGUUCAAGAGCUGGCCUCCAACCUGA